UGAACAACCCCAGUACCUCCGUCCCACUGUCUGGACCUUGUCAACGAAAGACAACACCAUUACUAUUACUGGGAUUUCAAUAAUCGUUUAUAACGUGAACAGCCUUUGCAGCAACUAUGUGGAUUUACAACAUUAUUUUUACUCUCUUAAUCGUCUGUUAUUCAGAGUGCAGGAGGAAUGCAUUACAGGACUACCAGAGGAGUGAUGGCGUGAGAUUGGUCCAACUGCCAGACUCUGCCCUCCAUACCAAAAGCAGGAAGUUGAGCAUUGUGAAGUGUGCCCGUGGUUGCAGCCGCAACAAGAUACUGCUCUUCACCUGCAGAGCGUUCUUGUAUGAUCAGAAAAACAGGAAAUGCCAGUGGCUGUCGUUUGACAGGAACUCACCAGGAGUCCAAAGCCAACAUGACUUCAACUACCAACUCUACCAGAAGAAAGCCUAUGUGCAGGAGUGCAUAGUGGGGACAGGAGUGAACUACAGAGGGAGAAGGUCUGUAACGGCCAGUGGAAUCAGGUGCCAAGCCUGGGCCUCUCCUUUCCCUCAUGAACACAAUUUCCUACCAAGGAGGAACAGGAAGAAGGAGCUGACAAACAACUACUGUCGUAACCCUGACAACGCUAUUUCAGGACCAUGGUGCUUCACUACAGACCCCAACGUCAGACACCAGGACUGUGGAGUACCUGAGUGCUUACAAGUGGAGUGUGUGAGCUGUAAUGGGGAACGCUACAGAGGUCCCAUGGAUCACACAGAGACGGGACGGGAAUGUCAACGCUGGGACCUAGAGGAACCACACAAACACCUCUUCCACCCCAAUAGGUAUCCUGAUAAAGGCCUAGAUGACAACUAUUGUAGGAACCCAGAUGGACGUCAACGACCGUGGUGUUUCACCCUGGAUGCACACACAUCCUGGGAGUACUGCAACAUCACAGCCUGCCCCUCAGACAGUGUGGGAGAGGUAGAUGUGACUACCAGGUGUUUCCUGGGUCGAGGUGAGGGCUACAGAGGGACAGUAGCAGUAACACCCAGUGGGGUGACCUGUCAACGCUGGGACUCACAGUACCCCCACAACCACACAUACAUACCCCAGGACUAUCGCUGCAAAGAUCUGAGGGAGAACUACUGCAGGAACCCUGACGGCCUUGACCUCCCAUGGUGCUUCACUUCAGACCCUAACGUUCGCAAAGCAUUCUGCACCAACAUCCUCCGCUGUGGCACACAGAAUACUGAACCCCAUGACUGCUACGAGGGCAACGGAGAGAGCUACAGAGGAGAGGUAUCUAGGACCAGGUCAGGUCUUCCCUGUUCCCUCUGGAGAGACCACAGUUGGGACAGAGAUGCAGCGGUGCUGACUGUGGGACAGGAGGCGAGUUUCUGUAGGAACCCAGACAGAGACACACAUGGCCCCUGGUGUUAUACUAACAGCACUGCUAUACCCUGGGACUACUGCAGCAUCAAACCAUGUGUACCAUCAAAGAACUCUAUUCCACAGAGAGUGGAGAUGUCCAAUGUGUCAUGUUUCAUCCAUAAGACGACCAGGAUAGUAGGAGGAGCUCCAGUCGCCAUCACAGACGGAAGCUGGAUGGUCAGCAUACAGAAACGGUCCAGUCACUGGUGUGGAGGUUCUCUCAUACGAGAGGAGUGGGUCCUCACUGACAGACAAUGCUUCUCCUCAUGUGUUCCAGACUUGAGUGAGUAUCGUGUGUGGUUAGGUGUAUCAGACCUUCGUGGCUUGGCUCCUAACAGCUCCUUCAGACAGGAAGUCUCCAUCUCCCAUGUGAUCUGUGGUCCUGAGGGCUCCAACCUGGCCCUCAUACGGCUGGCUCAGCCUGCCCUCCCUGCAGACAGUGUCCACACCAUUCAGCUGCCGGUGGCUGGGUGCUCCAUUGCUGAUGGCUCGAUGUGUAGCAUGCAUGGAUGGGGCGAGACCAAAGGUACGGGUCAUGAAGGUGUACUGAAGGUGGUCCAUCUGCCCAUGGUCAGUAAUGAGAGGUGUAGUGAACAACACAGAGGGAACCUCCACAUCACAGACACCAAGAUUUGCGCUGGGGGGAGGAAGGACGAGGGCGUCUGUGAGAGGGACUAUGGCGGCCCCUUGGUGUGCCAGGAAGGAGAGAGCAGGGUCAUAGUGGGGGUCAGUGUCCAUGGCAGAGGCUGUGCCCGUGCCAAUCGGCCUGGCAUCUUCAUCAACGUCCCCUUCUACACCCAGUGGAUCCACAAGGUGUUCCGACACUACCCCGAACCUCAGAUCAACUAGGCACUACCCUCAGAUCAACUAGGCACGACCCUCAGAUCAACUAGGCACGACCCUCAGAUCAACUAGGCACGACCCUCAGAUCAACUAGGCACGACCCUCAGAUCAACUUGGCACGACCCUCAGAUCAUCUAAAUAUCAAAUACAGAUAAACCUUUAUCCCAUCAUCAAUUAGAGACUCACUCGACCCCCCUUGAUGUAGAUACACCUGUGGCUCAGUCACGUAAGGACCAACUGAGUCCCUGUGCAUUUGAAAGAGGGAAAACUCCAGCCAUACAGAAAGAAAUCAAACGCAACUCCAAACUUGAUUCUGGAAUUCAGACUCAUGGGCUUCUAUAUGUCUUUGGAGUGGACCUGUGAAGUGGAAUGUAAUUGUGUUGAUCAGACUGCUGGAUCGAUCCUUUAGAUAAUAUAAAUAUGUAGUGUUACAGACAUGCUACUAAGGACAACAUAGGUGUGGAUAUGUGGUUGGCCAAACACCAUGUGCUGAAGCUGGUAAGGUUUGGAUGUUCAGGACUCAUAUUGUACACAAUCAGUAAGAAUCUGUAGACAAUGUGGUAAUAGGGGAGAGUGGGGUAAAUUGAGACACCCCUUGUUUCUAGGAAACCAUAUACAAAAUUAAUAAUGUGACCACAUUUUUAGGAAGAGGUCAUAAUUUCAUGGAGUCAGAAGGAAGAAAGCACCACCACAAAGUAAAUUGAACGUAUUGUGUUCCAGGUUUCAUGAUGCUUGUAUCUAAACCAAAGUUAGAUGUACAUCAGUUGGGGUCUUUAUAAGCUACAAUAUGAGGUCCAAAACCUAGCAUGAAAGUGCAUCCUUGUAGCUGUGUGGACUAAUAUAAUCAAAAUGUUUGCCUUGGUGUAAGUUGAGCCAAUGGCCACCAUACCCCCGUGUCAUGCAUAUAAACUCAUGAUAGUGCAUUUGAAUUAUUACAGAGUAGACAUCAUCAUGCCCAUUGUAUACAAACGUAAAACAAGCAGGGGUCUAGCCGCCUUGAGUUUCUUGAGAGAGCAACCAAGGAAGUGAGAGAAGGGAAGAAGUCAAUUUGAGCAGCAGAAAAGGAUAGAAAAAAUGGUCUUUAUGACACUGAAGAGGUACGUUGACGAUCAGCAAGGCUAUGACAGAGUAGCAGAGGCACACAAGGUCUCAUCUGAUGACAUGGAGUCUCAGCUUGCUGAUCAUAUCAAGAAUCUGGCAGACCAGUUUCAUGGGCUUAGCCUUAAAUGCAAAGAACUGGCACAACUGGCACAUACGAAUUGGCACAUUGAAGUAACAUCUCUAUCCCAGGCAACUGGUCAAGAAAUGAAAGGGUCAGUGAUAUUGAACAGAGAGAUCUAUCUGUAUGUAGGCAUACAUUUAAGAUAUACACUAUACCACACCCCCAUUCCAUUAAUUCAACUUUGACCAUCACCCACUAUCACAGGUCACCAUCACCCACUUACCUCAAGGCGGCUCAACUGACCUUGUUCCUUUGCUCAACUUAAGAUGUGCCAAAAUACCACAUUUUUUUAACAAGCUAUGUUUUCAAAACUGUUAUGUUUCCAUGAAUUCUGAUUAUUUCCAGGGAUACACAACAU